UGCCUUGCCAGUCAAACACAAUACUGUGGUAGUGGAUGAAUUGUGUUUCAGCUUUAUAUAAAGUGACGUUUUGCUCGUUAACCCCGCCCGCGACCCCGGAAGUGCAGGCUGGUGAUUGUAUCAGGUUCUGCUGUACAGGGAGGGAGGUGAACUGUGUGUGUUUUUAACAAAUUCGCUUUUAAUCUUUUAGUUUUGAACACCUGAUUAUUUAUUGUAAACCACAAUGGGGACCAGAGACGACGAAUAUGAUUAUCUAUUUAAAGUGGUGCUGAUCGGAGACUCUGGCGUUGGGAAGAGUAACCUCCUCUCCCGGUUCACGCGGAAUGAGUUCAACCUGGAGAGCAAGAGCACCAUCGGGGUGGAGUUCGCCACCCGCAGCAUCCAGGUGGAUGGCAAGACCAUCAAAGCGCAGAUCUGGGACACAGCCGGGCAGGAGCGCUACCGGGCCAUCACCUCCGCGUACUACCGCGGAGCCGUGGGCGCCCUGCUGGUCUAUGACAUCGCCAAGCACCUGACGUAUGAAAAUGUGGAGCGCUGGCUAAAGGAGCUGCGAGACCACGCUGACAGCAACAUCGUCAUCAUGCUGGUGGGCAACAAGAGCGACCUGCGGCACCUCCGGGCAGUGCCCACCGACGAGGCCAAGGCUUUCGCAGAAAAGAAUGGCUUGUCCUUUAUCGAGACUUCUGCCUUGGAUUCAACAAAUGUAGAAACUGCUUUUCAAACCAUCCUAACAGAAAUCUAUCGCAUUGUGUCUCAGAAGCAAAUGUCAGACAGACACGAGAAUGAAAUGUCUCCAAGCAACAACGUCGUGCCCAUCCACGUCUCUCCCACCACCGAAAACAACCCAAAGAUGCAGUGCUGUCAAAAUAUCUAAGUGUCUGAUCUCUGCAGUGCUGGAGGCUCUUUCCAUUCCCCAAGUCCAGGUUUUAAAUCUCUCUAACUAUUCCCCUCCCUCCCCCUGCCCCGUGUUUUAUUAGGACCUGCAGAUCUUCACAGAAUUGUCUUAAUGUAUGAUUUUUGUUGGACUUGUAUUUGUGUUCUAUCACAUGUUUUAGUAAUAUGAUGUUAAGAGAUGUUCCACACGCGGCGCAUGUCAUUCUGUGCCACUUCUGUUGUAUUAGCGACAGGCAGUACAGAAUGUAUGUCACACUCUGUGAUGUACAGAAUGCAUGUCACACUCUGAUGUACAGAAUGUAUGUCACACUCUGUGAACAGAACAGCAAGAGAAAGAUGAGAUGGCAGACUGUCUGUUAUGUGGUAUGAAAAGGUGAUCUAUACAUAAAGACAACAUGUUCAGGGGCAAUAGAGCCGCUGUUACCCACAACUACCAUUUGUAUAAUUAGUAACUGUACUGUAUCUUUAUUUAAUUUUUUUAAAUGUAUAAUGUUAUAAAUAUUAACCUGCUUUCUUGCUUCUUUUGUCAAGUACGGAAUAUAUAUAUAUUUCUCCCCAGUUGUGAAUGUGGUCAUCAUGUAAAGCAAUGCUGUUGAAAAAGGCUGACACUGUAGAUGACAAUGGUAGUACCUGGUGUGGAUGCUUCCUAUGAAACCGGAGAUGAUAACCUGAGAUCUAUACGCUGCCUCACCGGAGCACGGAGCAGCUUUCAUUGCCUAAAACAGGCAGCUAGGACAAGGUGCAGUGCUCGCAUACAAAUGCAUGCAAUUCGACUGCAACCAAAGCACUAAUUCCUGUAGCUUCAAGGAUACCUUGAAUUGUGCAUUAUUGGUGUGCUCGUUCCUCAUUUGAGUAGUAUUGCUUUUGUAACACCUAACUACAAGUUCAGAAAGUGAGUUCCCCUAACACUAACUUUCCGAUAAUCGGCUGCUUAUUAUAAUCUAACACAAUCACAGCCACUGGCAUGCGUUUAUAUAUCCAGAUGAGCAUACCUAAUGUCAUACACCAAGUUCUGUCUAAUUUCAGCAUUUGAGCGCAGCUUCAUACAGGGGUGGUCAUUAAUGCUUCCUGUGCAAUUGGACCCCCCACCCCCACCCCCCCCGGCAUUGUGCAGGGAAUUGUUUUUAAACUUAUAAGCAGGAAACUUAAAAACACAUCUUAAAGUAUAGUUUGAAACUGUCCCAGAUACUGUUCAGAGUAUUACAGGUAAGAGUUUUUCAAAGUUGGAACUGAUUCAGUCCAGCGUGUGUGGAGUGAUCUGAUGCGGCUCCCCCUGCCUCUGCGGUGCAGUGAGAUAAUUACAGAGUGGCUGGCAGUGCUCAUGAAGUGAACACCCACAGAGGGCACUGCUGUUGCUGUUCUACUGACAGGACUUUCUAAAGUGCAUUUCUCAAGUGUUGUCUUAUUAUUUGUUUUUUGUUUUUUGUUUGUGUUGAAUCUGAUUUGUAUAUUACCCUCUCUCCUCAUGCCUGUGUGUUUUAUGCAUGUACAAUGGUUGUUCAUUUUAUUUUUUUUAUUAUGAUUUCAAAUAUUCACUUUAAUAAAAAUAAUUAAAAUAAAAUACAGGGGAAUAUUGUUAAAGA